UCAGCCUGCAGCAGGUCUGAUGGUCUCUGUUAAUUAAUGAGCCACAGGUGCGUGUCCUGCAGGUACGACCCCACACAGGGUGGUGCUUCUCAACCAAAGGCUGAGUCAUAAAACAUGACUCAGCAGGCAAUCUGCUCACACAUGCGCAGACCGUCCCGCACAUGAACCGGCCUUUUUCUCUGUCAAACAUGCUGAUCUCUGCAGAGGGAGUUCUGCUGCCAGCCGCUCCACAUCCUGAGCUUUGGACAUCUGGAUCUUCUGACAGCUGUGUAUUAAACACCAGAGGGGACAGGGAGGAUGUCGAACAAUAGCGAGGCCAUAGACAUGGGCCUAAACGGACUUCCCAAAAAGUCUGCGGGGUUAAACAAGCACGGAGCCACCGUUAGUUUCCACAAUAUCUUCUACAAGGUGAAGCAAGGAGGAGGCUGUUUGUGUCGCAAGAAGGCCACGACCAAGGACAUCCUGAUCGACCUGAAUGGGAUCAUGAAACCAGGUCUGAACGCCAUCAUGGGGGCGACAGGAAGUGGAAAGUCCUCAUUCUUGGACAUCCUCGCAGCCAGAAAAGAUCCUGCAGGUCUGACAGGAGAAGUCCUGAUCGAUGGAGCUCAUCAGCCUCCAAACUUCAAGUGUCUGUCUGGAUAUGUGGUGCAGGAUGAUGUAGUGAUGGGAACUCUGACCGUCAGAGAGAACCUGACCUUCUCAGCGGCGCUGCGGCUCCCGUCGACCAUCAGUCAGCAGGAGAAAGACCAGAAGGUCACCAAACUGAUCCAGGAGCUGGGACUGGGACGAGUGGCGGACUCCAAGGUGGGCACUCAGCUGAUUCGUGGGAUCUCCGGUGGAGAGAGGAAGAGGACGAACAUCGGCAUGGAGCUGAUCAUCGACCCGCCCGUGCUUUUCCUGGAUGAACCCACCACUGGACUCGACGCCAGCACCGCCAACUCUGUGCUGCUGCUGCUGAAGAAGAUGUCGAACCACGGCCGCACCAUCAUCCUGUCCAUCCAUCAGCCCAGAUACGCCAUCUACCGCCUGUUCGACAGCCUCACCCUGCUCGUCAACGGCAAACAGGUUUUCCACGGCCCGGCGCAGAGUGCGCUGGACUAUUUCUCUGACAUCGGAUACACCUGUGAGGCUCACAACAACCCCGCUGACUUCUUCCUGGACGUCAUCAACGGAGACUCGACCGCCGUCGCUCUCAGCAGCCUGGAUGGAGAAGAAUCAAGUCAAGAUUCAGAUUCUGUGUCAAGGUCUAGAAAAGGAAUCGAGGACAAACUGGUGGAGGAGUACAGAAGUUGUCAAUACUUUAAACAAACCAAAGAAGAGCUGGAAAGGAUCGUUCAGGGAAAUCAGAACACCAAGUACUCUCCCUCCAGAACCAUCACCUACAACACCAGUUUCCUGACACAGUUCCGAUGGGUUCUGAAGAGAACGUUCCGUAACCUCAUCCUCAACCCUCAGACCUCCAUCGCCCAGGUCGUUGUAACGAUCUUCCUCGCUCUGAUUGUUGGAGCUCUUUUCUUUGGCAUCAAAGAAGAUGAGAACGGCAUACAGAACAGGCUCGGUUGUCUCUUCUUCAUCGUUACCAAUCAGUGUUUCGGCUCGUUGUCGGCUGCAGAACUUUUCAUCACAGAGAGGAAGCUCUUCACUCAUGAAUACAUCAGCGGUUACUACAGAGUGUCCGUCUACUUCCUGUGUAAGAUCCUGUCUGACAUCAUCACACUAAGGACCAUCCCCGCCAUCUUCUUCUCCUGCAUCGCCUACUUCAUGAUCGGUCUGAAGUUCAAAGCGGAGGCCUUCUUCACCUUCAUGUUCACCGUUACUCUGGUCGCCUACACGGCCACCUCCAUGGUCCUGGCCAUCUCAGCCGACCAGACGGUGGUGGCCAUCGCCAACAUCUUCAUGACCAUCUCCUUUGUCUUCAUGAUGAUCUUUGCAGGCCUGCUGGUGAACGUUUCUUCCAUCGUCGACUGGCUCAGCUGGUUAAAAUACUUCAGUAUACCCAGAUACGGAUUAAGCGCUCUGCAGAUUAAUGAGUUCACCGGACUGAACUUCUGUUCGGGGUUAAACGGCACCAACAUCCCUCCAGUGAUCUCGUGCACGGGGGAGGCGUACCUGGAGAAGCAGGGCAUCGAUUACUCCACCUGGGGUCUGUGGCAGAACCACAUGGCUCUGAUCAUCAUGAUCUUCUGCUUCCUCUCCAUCGCAUACCUCAAACUGCGCUUCAUCAAGAAGUUCACCUGAAAUCCCCUGCAGCCCACGUUCAGCUCUUCACAGAUGUGAUUUAAUACUUUCCGCUUGGUUCAGUUUAGCAGUUCAUCCAUGUGAGAAAAUCCAACAAGAAGCUGUUUGUAAAAUUACAUUUAUCACGAAUCAAUUCACUCCUUAUUAACUCACUGCAUUCAUUUGAACAGAUUCUAAUUUUUGCACUUUAUUGUAUCGUUUUAUAUUUA